AUGGAGCAGCUGAAACUGGGCACCAUCGCAUAUGCGCAUGUCAUGGCCCAGACACUCUCGAUUCUUCACGGGAAGGCCGGCGUCGAUGUAACCCGAGGGAUCAGCGUCUGGCUCAUCGACUUCAACCUUUGCUCCACAUUCGAGGAUAACCCUGCCGGGUUCAAGAAGAUCGUCGACGCCUUCUUCUGGAAUGAUCCCUACUUCCCUGAUCCGACUUCGGAUAUGGAUGGAAACAAGAAGCUCUGGGCCGCUUUCAAGGAGCGGUAUCUCGAGUAUCCCGGAUUUCAGAAGAGGGCUAGAGGCAAAUCGGGCGCGUCUGGACGCACUGAUUCUUCCGCUGCCAUGUCUUUCGUCCAUCGCCUCCCCGAGGAUCAUAGCACAGACCACAUACAUAUAGGCCACUCUUACACAUACCAAGCGGACGUAUCCCAAGAUGGACAAGCAGGCGCCCGGGAUGUCGACAGCGCCGAUGGGAGUGACCCUGAUGACUCUGGCUACGGUGAAUCGCUGACAAGCGUCGCCACGAGACUGAGCGCACAUUUGCCCACGCACGAGUACCGCCAUGGCAGGCGAUACCACGGCCUCCAGGCAGGGGCCUACAACUUCCCCAAUGAUGAGCUCGAGCAGGCGCGCCUGGACAUGCUACACUACGUCUUCACCACCUUGAUAGGUGACAAGCUCCAUCUUGCCCCCAUCGCCCCCGAUGCGGCCGUGCUGGACAUUGGCACGGGCACAGGGACAUGGCCCAUUGCGUUUGGGGAUGCCAAUCCGGCUGCAUCGGUCGUGGGCGUCGACUUGAGCCCCAUACAGCCCAUGUGGGUGCCGGCCAACGUUCGCUUCGUCGUCGACGACGUGGAGAUUGACUGGGCGGAUGACAUGUACGACUUUAUCCAUUGCCGGUACAUGGCGGCCGGGAUACGAGAUUGGCCGGGACUAGUUCGCAAAAUGUACCGACAUCUGAAGCCCGGCGGCUGGCUGGAGCUGUCCGAGUCGGAGAAUGUGGUGUACUCCUCCUCGGCAGACGGAGUACGACAGCCGUUGUCGCCACGACACCCACUCAGGAGGUUGAUGGACGGACUUUCAGAGGCGUGCGAGCGCAUAGGACGGCCCUUUGACCCAGCGCCCUCGUUCCGCUCGUGGUGCGAGACUGUUGGGUUCGUCGAUAUUCAAGAGCGGGAGUUCCCCUUGCCUGUCGGGUACUGGCCGCAGCAUCCACGGUCGAGGGAGCUGGGCUCACUUAUGGUGGUCAACUUUUCCGAGGGUGUCGAGGCGUUCACCGCCGCCUUGUUUGCGGAUGUGCUUGGGUGGAAGGUGGACGAGGUGAGGCGGCUUAAUGAGGAGGUGCGAGACGUGGUGGACGGCGAAGGCGACGACCAACUCAUGUUUCGAUACUUUGUUGUCACAGCACGGAAGCCUUUAUAG